AUGGUUGACGUCAAGAGUAUUUGUUGUAUUGGUGCUGGUUAUGUUGGUGGUCCCACUUGUGCUGUCAUUGCCUACAAGUGUCAUGACAUUAAGGUUACCAUUGUCGAUUUAAACCAAGCCCGUAUUGAUGCCUGGAACUCUGAUAAGCUUCCUAUUUAUGAACCUGGAUUAGAGGAGGUUGUCUUUGAUCGUCGUGGUAAGAACUUGUUCUUCACCACUGAUGUUGAUGCUGCUAUCUUGGAAGCUGACUUGAUUUUCGUCUCUGUCAACACUCCCACCAAGAAGACCGGUAUGGGUGCUGGUAUGGCUGCUGAUCUUGCUUAUAUUGAAGGUGCUACUCGUCGUAUUGCCGAAAUUGCUACCAGCUCCAAGAUUGUUGUCGAAAAGUCCACUGUCCCUUGUCGUACCGCUGAGAGCAUGCGUACCAUCCUCGAAGCUAACUCUACUGGCUCUAUCCAUUUCGAUAUCUUGUCUAACCCCGAGUUCUUGGCAGAAGGUACUGCCAUUAAGGAUCUCCUUAACCCCGACCGUGUAUUGAUUGGUGCCCUCCAAACCCCCACCGGUCUCUCUGCUCAACAAUCUUUGGCCAACGUCUAUAAGCACUGGGUUCCUGAGGAUCGUGUUAUCACCACUAACCUCUGGUCUUCCGAACUCUCCAAGUUGGCUGCCAAUGCUUUGCUUGCCCAACGUAUUUCUUCUAUCAACGCCCUUUCUGCUAUCUGUGAAGCUACUGGUGCUGAUGUUGAUGAGGUUGCAUAUGCUUGUGGUCGUGAUAGCCGUUUGGGUUCCAAGUUCUUAAAGGCAUCUGUCGGUUUCGGUGGAUCUUGUUUCCAAAAGGAUAUCUUAAACUUGGUCUAUCUCUCCACCCAAUUAAACUUACCCGAAGUUGCUGAUUACUGGCAUCAAGUUGUCUUGAUGAACGAAUACCAAAAGAAGCGUUUCGUUCGCAAGAUCAUCUCUACUCUCUUCAAUACCAUCACAAACAAGAGAAUUGCCGUUCUCGGUUUUGCCUUCAAGAAGGAUACCGGAGAUACUCGUGAAUCUGCUGCCAUCACAUUAAUCAAGGAUUUCAUCCAAGAGAAUGCUCAUGUUGCUAUUUAUGAUCCUAAGGUUGAGCCCGAACAAAUUUAUAUGGAUCUUAUGGAACCCGGUGUGGUCGAUACCCGUAAGCAAGUUGAGAAGAGCAUCAGUAUCUGUGGUGAUGCUUAUGAGGCCUGUAAGGGUGCCGAUGCCGUUGUUAUCGUCACUGAAUGGGACGAAUUCAAGUCUGAUCAACUCGAUUAUCAAAGAAUCUACGAUAACAUGCACAAGCCUGCUUUCUUGUUUGAUGGUCGUUUGUUGUUGGAUGCUGCUCAAAUCCGUGAAAUCGGUUUCAAGGUCCAUAUCAUUGGUAAGAACGAGCUUGCCGGUACUGCUUAA